AUGAUAAAGGAAUGGUUUAAGUAAUUGUAAGAAUAAGGAUAUUUGGAAUAAAGUAAAAAUAAUAGUAUAGUAAAGUUGGAGCAAUAAUUGGAAAUAAAUUUGAUUUGGAAUAGAAUGUUGAAAUAGAUAUGGGUAGAGUUGGCAAGACAAGAGAAUGA